AUGGCCAACGUAAAGAGGGCAGCUAGUGAUACCUCCGACGCAAUUAAGGGAGUGAUCGACGCUUUCCAGCAACAUAUACGCGAGCUUAAGACUUUGGGACGCCCAGUGGAAUUUUGGGACGAUUGGCUAGUGUACGAACUAGUCAAUAAAUUAGGCUUCGAGACACGAAAGCAAUGGGAGCUAUCACUUGUCACUGAUGAGCCUCCGACAUUCGAACAGCUGGCCACGUUUUUAGAAGUAAGAUGUCGUUCUCUAUCAAUGCUAUCAUCGUCAACGGUAUUAUUGCCAGCUAAGGGUAAAACCGCGUCGGUGUGUAAGUCUACGAAUGUGUUUCACGCAGUGCAAGAUCAGGACAGCACGGGCUGUACAUUUUGUAACGGGCCACACAAAAUAUACAGUUGUGAAAAAUUUCGGGACCUUGACGCAAACGGUAAGUCGAAAUUUGUGAGAGAAUCGCGCGUGUGCAUGAACUGCUUAAGUUCAGGCCAUUAUAAGGCAAAGUGUAACAGCACAUCUGCAUGCAGGAUUUGCCAUCAACGCCAUCAUACGCUGUUGCAUAAUGCUGUCGCUACAACUAACGCUACAACCGUUACUCAUUUCGUCAACAGCGCCUCUCUUAGGCCUUUCUCCCCCGCCGCAGACGUCAUGCAUCAAACGAACGUAACCGUUUCAUCCGCCAACGGUCCUUCCACAGACACCGCUGCUGCCUGUACGUCUUCACAUUUGAAUGUCAAUCCCAGCCAGCCUCAUCCAAGAGAAAGAACUGUGCUGUUGGCGACCGCCUUAGUCAAGGUACGCGAUUGCUCUGGUCAUUGGCAACCCGCUCGCUUGUUGUUUGAUUCUGGUUCGCAUGCUUCUUUCGUAACCGAGUCAUGUGUACAACGCUUGGGAUUACCGCGAAGAGGGUCCGCAAUAUUAAUUUCUGGAAUUGGUUCCUCCCAAGGGAUACGCUCUAAAGGUGAAGUAUUGCUUUCAUUAUCAUCUCAUUGUUCAGAUCUAUGCUUUACUGUUGACGCAUUGAUUCUGCCUAAAAUCACAAGCGAUUUGCCAACACAGUCCUUGAAGGUUUCGGCGUGGCCGCACCUACAAGAUUUAUUUUUAGCCGAUCAGCACUUCAUGAAACCCGGGCGUAUCGAUAUCUUGGUCGGAAUGGAAGUCAUGGGACAGCUCCUCUGCUCGGAGAUUCGUAAGGGUCCGCCCGGUACGCCCAUGGCUCAACGAACGGUUUUCGGUUGGACGUUGUUUGGAAAUGUCGAUGGGUCCGAAUCCGCUUCGCUCGGCUUACAGUCUUUGCAUUGUGAAGUUCAUUUAGAUCGAGCGUUCACUAGACUUUGGGAGUUAGAAGAAUCACCGAAAAAGGCCCACCUCACUUACGAAGAACGCUAUUGUGAAGAGUUUUUCGAAAAAACGCACAGAAGGUCACCUGACGGUCGAUUUAUAGUAGAGCUGCCGCUGAAAUCUGACGUACCCUUGGGAGCAUCACGAAGUUAUGCUGUUCGAAGUUUACUAAGCAUCGAAAAAAGACUUGCGCGAGAUGACGACCUACGCCAACGCUACAAUGAGUUCAUGCAAGAACUCAUCGACAUGAAGCACAUGGAACUUGCACCACCGCCAACGGAUCAAACGUUCUAUAUGCCGCAUCACCCCGUUAUAAAAGAGUCAAGUGUCACGACUAAAUUGAGAGUCGUGUUCAAUGCGUCCGCCAAAACCACCACCGGGAAUUCGUUGAACGAUGCAUUAUUUGUUGGUCCCCAAUUGCAACCUGAUUUAUAUUCUAUUUUAACACGUUUCAGAACGCAUCGCUACGCAGUAACAGCGGACAUCGCGAAAAUGUACCGCCAAAUAUGCAUGUCCACGAAAAACCUCGAUCUACAACGCAUUGUCUGGCGUCGUGACCCGACGUUACCCAUAAAGGAUUAUCGCAUGUUGCGCGUUACUUAUGGCGUUGCCGCUGCGUCCUACUUAGCAGUUAAAUCGCUGCAACAAACCGCAAAAUAUUCGUCACACAUUUGUGAGAAGGCUGCUGCCGUCAUCCAUAAGGACUUUUACAUGGACGAUCUCCUCACUGGUGCGUCUUCUAAAGAAGAGCUGCUAGGUUUACAACGAAACGUCUCCGCAAUACUGAAGGAAGGGGGUUUUGAACUUCGAAAAUGGGCGUCUAAUUGUGCGGAGCUUUUUGAAAAUGUUUCGAAUGCAUCAGAAAAUAUAUCACACUACCUAGUCGAUAUUAAUCUGAAUCAACCACCCACUAUUUUAACUAAGAGAAAUUUCUUGUCUGAUGCUAGCACGCUUUUCGACCCACUGGGUCUGCUCGCUCCAGCGACCAUAAGAUCAAAGAUGUGGUUUCAGGAGAUCUGGCGUAUGAGUGUCGGUUGGGAUGACGUUAUUCCAGACUGCAUCGCAGCACAGUGGCGACAACAUCGCUCGGAAUUGCUACUGCUAUCAAGUUUAAAGAUAAGUCGCUGGUUUGGCACAGGAGCAGGUGAGUCGUUCACUGAGCUACAUAUUUUCGCUGACGCUUCCGAGCGCGCUUACGCUGUCGUAAUGUACGCGCGCACAUUACACAACGACGGCAGUAUUACUGUCGUGCUGAUAUCGUCGAAGACUAAGGUAGCACGGCUUAAAACAACAACCCUGCCGCGCUUAGAAUUGUGCGCUGCACAUCUUGCUGCUAAAUUGGCGCGAAGCGUGUUACAUAGCUGGGGUGAUCUCCGCUAUCCGAUCUAUGCUUGGACUGACUCAACUAUCACAUUGGCAUGGCUUCAGGCGCAUCCUAGUAAGUGGAUAACUUUCGUUGCCAAUCGCGUUGCUGACAUACAAGAAGUUUUACCGCCUGAAUGUUGGAACCAUAUCCGCUCUGAACUGAAUCCAGCAGAUUGCGCUUCUAGAGGUGUAACUCCGUCUGAACUACUGCAUCAAAAACUAUGGUGGUCUGGUCCUGAAUUCUUAAAAGGUCCUGACCAUUUCUGGAAGUUAUCACCUUCGCAACACACAACUCAGUUGGGCGUUCGUAGCAAGGUCGUCGCCCAUGCUACGAGCUCAGAUGACCACUGGCCUGUAUUGAUGAGACAUUCAUCGUAUUCCAAGCUGCGCCGCAUCAUUGCUUACGUGUUAAGGUUUUUCGUCAACGCUCGAGUUAAGACACGAAUCAACGCUGCUAAACGGGUCGGUCCUCCCUGCUGUCAAGAGAUAUCCGAAGCUGAACUGCGCUUGAUCAGCAAAAGAAAGCCAAUUCCGCUUCAAAGUAGUAUUUUGACAUUGCAGCCAUAUCUCGAUGAGAAAAACGUCUUGCGAGUAGGAGGUAGGAUCAAGAACGCUGAAGUAGCUGCUGACGUAAGACAUCCGAUUAUCCUGCCAAAAAACUGCCCACUUGCGAAACUGAUCAUUCACGAUAUUCUCGAAUUCACGUUACACGCUGGACCUCGCAUCAUGCAAACCAUCCUGCAACGUCGAUAUUGGGUUAUUGGCGCCCGCAGCCUAAUUCGUAGCACAUAUCGCAAAUGCGUAAAAGAAUUUAUGGGAAAAAACGGAAUUGUCCAAUUGGAAUGGCCGGGUAACAGUCCCGACCUAAACCCAAUUGAGAACCUCCGGGCCAUUGUAAAGAAGCAGGCAGCUGAAAAAAAGCCGAAAAAUAAAACUGACCUGGAUAACAUUAUAAUGGACACUUGGCACAACGAUAUUUCGGAGGAAUUGUUGCAAACCCUGGUUACAUCAAUGCCGAGACGUAUUAAAGCGGUAAUUAAGGCGAAAGGCGGUGCGACCAAGUAUUAA